AUGGCGAUGACGCUGCUGGAAGACUGGUGCCGGGGGAUGGAUGUGAACGCGCAGCGAGCCCUGCUGGUGUGGGGGAUCCCGGUGAACUGCGACGAGGCGGAGAUCGAGGAGACGCUGCAGGCGGCCAUGCCCCAGGUGCCCUACCGCGUGCUGGGGCGGAUGUUCUGGCGGGAGGAGAACGCCAAGGCCGCGCUGCUGGAGCUCACGGGCGCCGUGGACUACGCCGCCAUCCCCCGGGAGAUGCCGGGCAAGGGCGGCGUCUGGAAGGUGGUGUACAAGCCCCCGACCUCCGACGCCGAGUUCCUGGAGAGGCUGCACCUGUUCCUGGCGCGGGAGGGCUGGACCGUGCCGGACGUGGCCCGCGUCCUCGGGUUCCAGGCCCCGGCUCCGGCCCCGGGCCCGGACAUGCCGGCCGAGAUGCUGAGCUACAUCCUGGACAACGUCAUCCAGCCCCUGGUGGAGUCCAUCUGGUACAAGAAGCUGACGGUGUUCUCGGGGAAGGACGUCCCGGGCCCCGGCGAGGAGACCUUCGACCCCUGGCUGGAGCACACCCACGAGGUCCUCUCCGAGUGGCAGGUGUCGGACACGGAGAAGCGGCGGCGGCUGAUGGAGAGCCUCCGGGGCCCCGCCGCCGACGUCGUCCGCAUCCUCAAGACCAACAACCCCGCCAUCACCACCCUCGAGUGCCUCAAGGCGCUGGAGCAGGUGUUCGGGAGCGUGGAGAGCUCCAGGGAUGCGCAGGUGCGGUUUCUGAACACGUACCAGAACCCGGGGGAGAAGCUGUCGGCGUACGUCAUCCGCCUGGAGCCCCUGCUGCAGAAGGUGGUGGAGAAGGGCGCCAUCGAGAAGGACAGCGUGAACCAGGCCCGCCUGGAGCAGGUCAUCGCGGGCGCCAACCACAGCGGGUCCAUCCGCAGGCAGCUGUGGCUGACGGGCGCCGCCGAGGGGCCGGCCCCCAACCUCUUCCAGCUCCUGGUGCAGAUCCGCGAGGAGGAAGCCAAGGAGGAGGAGGAGGAGGCCGAGGCCGCCCUCCUGCAGUUAGGCCUGGACGGGAGCUUCUGA